AUGGACGGCUGGAGAUCUAGAGAGAUCUUGAGAGAUCUUGAGCAGAUUCAGCUGAAGAGGUGUGGGCCGGCCGGCACGGAGAUGGUUUCCGCGUCGAAGGUCGAGCGUUCACGUGACUCUCCUGGGGGGACCGAGGACCGGUCGGGAAUGAUUCAGUCGUCGAGGUGGUGCUGUGUUGAGCAAAACUUUUGGCCUCCCGGGGGGGGCCGGCGCGGGCGCGGCGGUGAUGAUUUCCACGUCAGGGUCGGGCGGCUGGGCCCCGAGACCGGUUCGACGUUGCUGAGUGAGCCAAGGACGUUCCGGACCGGCGCGGGGACCCGGGGUGGUUUCCUCGUCGGCUCAAGGUCCGGAUCGACCGGAUGCACAUCUCUGUCGGUGGGUGGGGUGAAGUGGAUCUUGCAGGGUGAUUCGGUUCAACGUCCCGAUGAGCUCCAUCCAGCUGAAGAUGUUGACCGACUCACCGAUGGAAUCCAUGUCGGAUCCAUGCAUGCAUGCACAUGCCGACGUAGACACCACAUCUGUCUCCCUGCUUCAGUGCGCGGGCGAGGCGUCGUGGUCCAUACCCGCCGGGGUCGGCCCUCCGAAGGGAUAUUGUCGGAUGAGGUCGCCCCUGUUCCCGCCCCUGUUCCGUCAUAUCCUCUCCCCCCCCCUUCAAGGCCAUUCGGUCUCAGCUCAGUCGACGGGGAGAAGCGCUGCGGCCAAGGCGGCGGUGGGGCCCAGUUUCAAUCCGGCCCAUACAAAUCGGUUCCCCCGACACGGAUUUUCGGUACGGCGAGCGCAGUCUGGCAGGAUCCAUGGGGAGAUGCCUCCGGGGAGUAG